GAUCGCGGACUUUUCAACUCUCUUCAACACCGCCAGCCAAAAACACACACACCCAAAUCAUAAUCACGCGCGGUUAAAUUCGCCCGCACCCUUUCGUCUUCGAUUCUCGAAAGCAGGAGGAACCCAACCCUAACCAUUUCCCAAAUUCGAUUACAGAAAUCUGAACCUAAUUCAUUUUAAAUCCACCAUGCUGCUCUCUCCAGGGCACUCACCACGCCCAUCUUCAAAUCCCGAAAGGACCCUUCAAAUCUCCUACAAUGUCUCUUCCAUCAACAACACCCCGAUAUAUCCUAGAAAACGAUCCACAGUUCUCGACGAGGACAGUUAUGUGGCCGCUAUCGAGAAAAUCAUCGAGCGCGACUUCUUCCCUGAUAUCUCGAAGCUCCGUGACCGUUUUGAUUGGCUGGAAGCGAUGAAAACGGGGGACCCCAUCCAAAUUCGAGAUGCCCAGUUGAAGAUUAUGGAGCGCGGUUGCAAGAUGGUAAAAAAUAUCCACUCCGAUGGCAGCAAUCGGGCUAGAAAUCAAACCCAAACUCAAACCCCAGGUUCUACUUUUAUUGGUAAUUUUACUCAAUUUGAUGAGUUUGAUAGCCGAAUGCAAACACCUAGCGUUGUUAUGGAUAGGGGAUUAUCUAGUAUGCAAACACCUAGUGAGAAUGAGAAUGAGAAUGAGAAUGAAAAUGCUGUUGCUGAGAAUUUGGGUUUAGAUGAUUUUUUUAGGAGAUAUACGAGUCUAUAAUGACAGUUUUUCGAAGAUAUUAGAAAAAGGAAUAGGAAAAGGGAAGAGAGAUAUGGGCAUUUCUUAGAAGGUGAAAAGAAGGAUGUUAGAUUGAUUGGGGAUGUAAAGAGGGAUAGGAUCACGGAUGGUUUUGGAACCUCCGAUCAGCCUCCGAGCACAUUGGAGGGGUGGAAGUACAUGGCGAAGAAUUUGCUAAUGUAUCAUCCGGCAGAUAGGGGUGAGGCUCCAUUGACCGAGGAGGAAUGAGCUGUGAGAUUGAAGGGUUUGACUAGAGAAAUUAACAUGUCUAAUACACGUUUUCAUAGUAAAAUGUUGGAUAGUAGGCCAAAAGAUGAUGGUGUUGUUGAGGUGAUUUAUACUCCAGUAGUUGGGGCUACUCCACUUCCCAUGUAUGAUAGAGAUGGUGAUAAGGCGAAGAAGUAUGAUUUUGAGGAUUCAAGGAGGAUGCCAGAGAGGCUUUAUGUGGAAACAGGGACGAAGGCAGAUGAUGGGUAUAGCUUUGUUAGGACACCCUCACCAGCUUCUGGAGUUGACGAGUCGCCAUUUAUUACUUGGGGUGAGAUUGAAGGGACACCAUUGAGGUUGGAACCUGAAGAUACUCCUAUUGAUAUUGGCGGCAGCAGCUGCGGCAAUGGGCUGCAUUUUAAAAUUCCCAAUCCACCUGCACGGGAUGUGAAGGCCCAUUCAUUAUUGAUGGAAGCUGCACGGAGGUUGAGGGAGAAGUCAAAGAUGUUUCGAAAGCCACCUUUGCCCUCUCCAAGUAGAGGGGGAAGUGCUAGUCCAAGUGUAUGGACACUUUCUCCUGCUGUGCUGAAGUUUGUGAGGAAUGCAAUUUCUAGGUCUUUGUCAUCUGUAGAUGAAACCCUCCGUGCCAGUUUUAGAGGGGCAAGCCCUGGAGUUGGUACUCCUAAGAGUGGAAGGAGCAUCUCGAGGUUUGGAAGAGAUGGGAGCAUGGGUUCCAGGUCACCUUCUGUAAGGGAGAAUUCUAAUCCUCCUUGGUAAACUGUAAUAUUUUUGUUAAUGCUCUAAGCUGGCAAGCAUUUGUUUAGUGGCAUAAUUUAUUAGCUCUUAUGAUACCUUUUGUUUUUGAGGAAACAUGUACCAUUGUCUUUUGGAGGAAACAUGCACCAUUGCCGCUGUUUUCCUUUUUCCUCUGUUCGUGUAUGACUUGUUAGCUUAAUGA